UAUAAAAUAAACUUGCCCUGCUAGUCUUGAAUUUUCCUGUGCGCGAGUACUGCAGUGUUUACGGCGCUCUGACUCUCGUGUUGUUUUGGUUUGAUGGUGGUUUUCUGGAUCAUGUCAGCCGGGCUCUGUAGGGUCUCUUCUGGGUUCUUUAAGGUCACUUCUGGGUUCUCCAGGGCUUCCUCUGUCUUCGGGAAGCUCCGGCUGGUCUCUGCCGGCUCUGCUCGCUUCUGCUCCGGCUGUGAGGAGCGGCUCUGUCCGCCUCUGCUGGCCGGGGAUGUUGAUCGGUUUGGCGGCGUGACGGUGCGAGAUUUUCCGCCGGACAUCAGCGAGGAGGAGUUCAGUGAUCUGCUGAGGGUGUCUCUGCAUCACUGGCGUUCAGAAGGCCGUGUUGCAGUAUGGCUUCAUGUCCCCAUCUCUCAGUCUCGUGUGUGUUCUGCUGCUGCACGUCACGGCUUCACUUUCCACCACGCGCGCGGAGAUCAGGCUGUUCUGAGUGUGUGGCUCGCGGAGGGGCAGAACCGGCUGCCAGCAUUCGCCACACACCAGGUCGGAGUCGCCGGUGCUGUUCUGGAUGAAUCCAAUGGUAAAGUGCUCGUGGUUCAAGACAGAAAUAAGACUAAGAAUGCUUGGAAGUUUCCCGGUGGUCUUUCAGAUCUUGGAGAAAACAUUGCUGAUACAGCAGUGCGGGAGGUGUUUGAGGAGACGGGUGUGCGCUCAGAGUUCCAGUCUCUCCUCAGCCUCCGGCAGCAGCACACACACCCAGGAGCAUUCGGGAUGUCCGACAUGUACCUGAUCUGCAGGCUGCAGCCGCUCUCACACCGCAUACACAUCUGCACGCACGAGUGUCUGCGCUGCGAUUGGCUGGAUCUGAGAGAGCUGGCGGAGACCAGCGAAACCACACCCAUCACAAGCCGCAUCGCCAAACUGCUGCUGUACGGCCUGGAGAACGGCUUCCAGCAUAUAGACCUGCACAUGGAGGAGCUGCCAGCGGUCUAUUCCGGAUUAUUCUACCAGCUCUAUCACAGACCCAUGCCCGACGACAGGAAACAGUACUCUAAAGGUGCCAUUUUAAAGGUCCCAUGA